UUCAUCCAUCGCGACGUGAUCGCAACGAGCAGGCGUCCCAUCCAUCUCCAGUUCCGACCACCAACACCGCCGUAACAGAUUCCUGGACUUCCGUUCGUUCGUUUUCAAACAUCGUCAAUCCAAACGCUGACUGCUCCAGGUCACGUCCUUCCGUUCGUAUUCAAUCAUCCUGUCACGCGCCGCACGUACUUAGCGAGGAUUUCGACCUGUCGUCCAGUCGCAAGCAUUCAGUCAACACCAAUGGCUGAGAAGAAGAUGCUUACGCUGAGGAGCUCCGACUUCGAGGAGUUUGAGGUGGAGGAGGCGGUGAUGAUGAAGUCAGAGAUCAUUCGCUUCAUGAUCGAGGACGACUGCGCCGACAACGUCAUCCCGCUCCCCAACGUGAAUUCCAAAACUCUCGCCCUGGUCAUUGAGUACUGCAACAAGCACGUCCACGCCACCACCAGCGCCUCAUCAGCUCGGGGCGGCGGCGAGGUCGACCUCAAGAAGUGGGACGCGGAGUUCGUCAAGGUCGCGCCGGCGACGCUCUUCGACCUCAUCAUGGCUGCCAACUAUCUCGACAUCAAGGGGUUGCAGGGCCUGACCUGUCGGGCGGUGGUCGACAUGAUCCAGGGCAAGUCACCGGAGGAGAUCCGCAAGACCUUCAACAUCAAGAACGACUUAACCAAAGAGGAGGAGGAGGCGAUCCGUAGCGAGAACUCCUGGGCCUUCGACCCGCUCCCCGUCCGUAGUAGUGGACCGCGGUGGUUACUGUUAGCUUUGAUCUCGAUUGCUAGUUUGCUCGUCUGCAGUUAUCUUCUGAUCUGA